AGAAGAGAAACUUGCGACGAACCAAAUACAAUUCAAUGUUGUAAAAUCCCACGUUUUCCCCGUUCUCAAAUUCAAUAUCUAUUGGCAUGAACUUGAAGCUGACCAACUAUUCUACUGUCAGUACUGUGUUUCCAAUGGAUACGCGUGUAUGUAUAUAUAUAUAAAUAUAUAAUAUAGAACAAUCACUCAAAAAUCCCCUCUUUUUUUUCUAUCCCUUGUUGAUUUCGCGUUUUUCAAUCCGGUCAGCGGGCCGGGAAAGAACAAAGAUCAUGGGUUUCUCCAAAUUGGUUUUCCUGAUUUCUGUUCAUAUGUUGUUUUCUCCCAUACCCAUUUCAUCAGAGUUUGAACUGACCCCCCAGGAGAUCCCCAAGUUUUUUUUCAAAUUCGCCAAGGAAGCUGAGGUCUUUGAUUGGAUGGUGGGGAUUAGGAGGAAGAUACAUGAGAAUCCUGAGUUGGGGUAUGGGGAAUUUGAGACCAGUAAGCUUAUUAGGGAGAAGUUGGAUGAACUGGGGAUUCCCUACAAGCAUCCAUUUGCUUUAACUGGUGUGGUUGGAUACAUUGGUUCUGGGAAGCCUCCCUUUGUGGCAUUAAGAGCAGAUAUGGAUGCUCUUGCUCUGCAGGAAAUGGUGGAGUGGGAGCAUAAAAGUAAAAUCCCUGGAAAGAUGCAUGCUUGUGGACAUGAUGCACAUGUUGCAAUGCUUCUUGGUGCUGCCAAGAUUAUUCAACAACAUAAACAAAUGUUGAAGGGAACAGUUGUUCUUGUUUACCAACCUGCAGAGGAAGGAGGUGGUGGGGGUAAGAAAAUGGUAGAUGCUGGAGCACUGGAAAAUGUUGAGGCGAUCUUUGGUCUUCAUGUGGACCCCGAUCUGCCUUUGGGUGAAGUGGCAUCCAGACCUGGACCUAUCUUCGCGGGGAGUGGCUUCUUUGAAGCUGUAAUCAGUGGAAAAGGCGGGCAUGCUGCUAUUCCUCAGCAUUCAAUCGACCCAAUUCUUGCCGCAUCAAAUGUGAUAGUCAGCUUACAACAUCUUGUUUCUCGAGAAGCUGAUCCUUUAGAAUCUCAGGUAGUUUCGGUUGGUCAUUUCCAAGGGGGUGGCGCAUUUAAUGUCAUUCCUGAUUCUGUUACUAUCGGUGGAACUUUCCGUGCCUUCUCAAAGAAGGGCUUUGCACAGCUCAAGAAGCGCAUUGAGGAGGUAAUUGUAAGACAAGCUGCUGUUCAGAGGUGCAAUGCAAGUGUGAACUUUAAUGAAGAUGAGAAACCGUUUUUCCCACCAACCAUAAACGACAAAGAUUUGCACGAGUACUUCCACAAAGUUGCAGCUGAUCUGCUGGGAAGUUCUCGCGUUAAAGAUGCUCAAAUGCGGAUGGGGGCUGAAGAUUUUUCGUUUUAUCAGCAAGUGAUGCCUGGUUAUAUGUACUUGCUUGGGUUGCAGGAUGAAACUGGGGAAAAACUUGCAUCAGCGCACUCGCCCUAUUUCAAGGUCAACGAAGACGCCCUUCCUUAUGGCGCUGCGCUGCAGGCCUCGUUGGCUGUAAGGUACCUUCUUGAACACCAGCCCGAAGUUCCAUUGCGAAAUACAAACAAGCAUGAUGAACUGUGAGCCAUACAGGGCACUAGGUUUGUUUAAUAAUGACAUACAAAUUGUCCAUUUAUCAAGCAGUUUCUGAUGUUUCUAAUUAUAAGAAGAGCAAAUCAGCAAAGACUUUUUCUUUUU